CAUUGCCGUGUGCUAUCGUAGGUUAAGUUGUCUCGUGCACAUGUGCUUCGUAGACAAUUGCCAGACGAGCGUGCAAAAAUGGCUAGAAAAAGCUUAUCUGACAAAAUUACUGCUUUAAUUACAACGAAGCCGGAUUUUGGUUCGGACGAAGAACCGGAAGAUACAAGGGCAAAAGUAGUGGAACCUUACGAAAGCGAUGAGGCCUCGGACUACGAAUUCCAGGCAUCUAAAAUUCGUAGGCAGAAUGUUGAUACCUUGGAUAAAGUGGAUAAAAGGUACGCUGGUAAAAAGAUCUCAAGGAAAGAUAUAUACAGCGAUGAGGACGACAGUACGAGUGAAGAUACAGAAAGUGAAAAUUCCAAGGAAGAUGUUGAAGAUGAGGAGACAGAUAAUACAUUGAAGCAAAGCGAUGACGAGUCAGUCGGCAAUGAAGAAACAAGUUUAAAAGAGGGAUCUACAAAUGUCUCGGAAAGUACGUCUGAUUUAGAGGAACAAAAUGAUUUUAAUAUGGAUAUCGAUGAUGCGGUUUCCAAACAUGAAGAUUCUAUCAUUAAAACAAUGUCUAAAACAAAUGUCACAGCAGAAAUAGAGAAAGGCAAUUGUGUCAGGAAUCAGCUUAAACUUUGGGAGAAUUUUUUGGAGAUGCGAAUAAGACUACAAAAGUGUGUUAUAGUUAGUAAUCAAAUGCCACAAUAUAACACGCAUAAAGAACUUGGAUCAAAUGUGGAUUUUGUAAAGAAGGUCAAUGAAACUAAAACUAAAUUGACACAGAUCAUGGAAAACAUGUUGCAACUGAAAGGUCUUUUGUUGAAACAAUAUUCUGAGACCAGAAAUCUAUGUGUUAAUGCUAACAAGAGAAAAAUCGACAGGAGUAAGGGCAAGAACGAAAAUACAAAUGAUCCAGCAAAUGAAGAAAUACCUUCCGACACUGAAGACGAAUUAGAAAACGGAGAGCAAUCAUCCAUUGAUGAAGACAUAGAAACAGAUGAAGAAGUGCCUCGAAAAUUUUUGAAAUUUAAUGACUAUGAGAAUGUUUUGCAAAGAGAUCAUAAUUCCUACAAAGAAUAUAGAGAUUCUGUUUUAAAAAAAUGGAACGACAAGACACGGAUUGCAACAGGCUCAUUAAGUAAAGGCUCGGGUCAGACCACCUUGAAACAAAUUGAAUUUGCUAUGAGCAAUAUAAGUAAAUUAAGAAAGAGAACUCAAUUGAAGCGUUCUGAAUAUAAUAUUGUUGGUAAAUCUUUGUUGAAUGAAGAUAGCGAUGGUAGAAAAAUUCAGGAAUACGAUGUAGAAAUUUUUGACGACGAUGAUUUUUAUCAUCAAUUGUUGAGAGACUUGAUAGAAUAUAAGUCGUCAGAUGUAACGGAUCCUAUACAGCUCAGCAAACAGUGGAUCCAAUUGCAGAAUAUGCGUAAAAAAAUAAAAAGAAAAAUUGAUACACGAACGACAAAGGGCAGAAAGGUGCGAUACAAUGUUCACACUAAGUUAGUUAAUUUCAUGGCACCCAUUACAGUAUAUGAUACAUGGACAGAUAAUGCAAAAAAUGAAUUAUACAAUUCGUUAUUUGGUAAAGUAAAACAGUUGGAGGAACAGAUGAAACAUUAAUUAUGGUUGUGUAAAUUAUAGCGUAUACAUUUAUGUCUUAUGUACAAAAUAUAUAUUUCGUAUAUGUAUCAAUAAAUAAAUUUCUCUAUCA